AUGGCUAUUAAGGUUGACACUUCUUGUAAUAUGACAGCUGUGGCACGCAUUGGCACUCCAGGCCAGCAGGUCUUCGAAGCGUCGGUACCCUGUAAUAUCCCAGCGCAAUCGUUGAUGUAUGGUAUUAUCUGCUUACUGCGCAAUUUGGUCCGCCCCCACGAUAGCAGGUCGGCGUUGUUUGUGAUCCGACGAAGCGAGGAGUUGGACACGCGCCAUCAUCUCACGUCCCCCCGCCGCGGGUCAAUGAACGAUCGUAUAAGGUCAAGCAUCCAGGAAUUCUGCAGUAAGCGCAACAAAGACAUAGCUACUAUUGUACGCGAGAGCACGUGA